ACGCUCAUUCCACUGCCACUCGUUCGGCAUUAUUUUCUAUCGCUACUUAAUAAUCGCAUUUAUACCAUAAUAAUAUAAUAAACGAGCCACCAAAAUGCGUCUUCAAUCUCUCUUGACCCUCGCAUCCAUCGCCCUGGGCAGUGCCAGCGCCAGCGAUAUAAACGACUACUCCUGCCGCAGCUCAAACAACAGCAACCCCAUCGUCUUCCUGCAUGGGCUCGGCGCAACCUUCUACGAAGACAUCAACUUCAUGCAAGGCUGGCUCCAGAAGCAAGGCUACUGCACCUACGCCGCAACCUACGGCGACUACACCGGUUUCCCCUUCGUCGGCGGCCUAAAGGCCAUUGAGGAAUCCGCGUCCGAGGUCGCCGCGUACAUCAAGGAGGUCAAAGAGGAGACGGGCGCCGAGAAGGUUGAUCUGGUCGGACACUCCGAGGGCGCGUUCCAGUCGUUGUAUGUGCCGAAGUUUGAGGAGGGGAUUUCGGAGAUCGUUGAGCGGAUUGUGGCGAUUGCGCCGCCGACGAGGGGCACGACUUUUAUUGGGCUCUUUAACCUGGCAUAUAUCCUUGGUGAUGCUUCGAGGGAGCUUAUUGGGAAGGUGCUGAAGCUUGUUGGAUGCCCGGCUUGUGAUGACCUGGGGCCUGAUGGGGACGCUGUGGAUAGAUUGAAUGAUGGGGAGCCCAUUGUGCAGAAGGGAAAUAAGCUGACUGUUAUUGCGUCAAGGUAUGAUGAGAUGGUGACGCCGACUUCAACAUCGUUCGUGCAUGAGGAGGGCGUGAAUAAUGUUUGGGUGCAGGAUGCUUGUCCUGCAGACCCGGUCGGGCAUAUUGGGGAGGCGUAUGAUCUGAAUGUCUGGAACUUGGUUAAGAAUGCGCUGGAUGAUGAGCCGGAUAGGGAGUUUUUCUGUGUGCUGGGAUCCCCGGGGAAAUAAAUCUGGACAUAUAUGUGUAAAGUAUGGUCAUAAUCAUUUCAAUUCAUGAUAGUGUAAUAGCUACGUAUAUCGCGACUGUUUGCAAAAGCAUCAGGCUUCCGGUUUUUCGAUAUCAAGCGAGUCAGACCGAGAACUAUCAGGUGGGACCUGCACGAGAUUAUGCCCGUCGCUGGAGGUGGUUAGUGAUGGUUCU